AUGAUGGAUCGAGUGACAGGUUCGGAUCCUGGGGAUCCAGCGACAGCCAUACCUGCUGAGAUGAUAAAUUCUCCGCAGAGACGUUCGGACUUGACCCCUCCUACCGACAAACUUCAAACAGAAUCCGGCGUCGCUCAGUUACCGUUAGAUGCUGUACGUGGAUCGUCCGAUGCUGCUCAUGGACCGUCAGAUGCUGAACAGGGACCGUCGGAUGCUGCAGGACCGUCAGAUGCUGCUCAGGUUCCUUCAGAUAAUGUGCGACCGUCGGAUGCAGCACACCGGCCGUCAGAUCAGGUGGCCGAUGCCUGUCAAGUGAAGGUCGAGGCAUCUGAAGCGAAGCGGCAGACCGAAUCGACUGAGAAGCAUCACGACGCGAGUUCGCAACAGCCUGUAGCAUCGGAGAAACAUGAACAGGAUCAGGGUUUUAAAACACCUGAGUUGGCCGAUGCCUGUCAGAAGAAGGUUGAGGCAUCUGAAGAGAAGCAGCAGACUGAUUUGACUGAGAAGCAUCAUGACACCAUAUCACAGCAGCUUGAAGCAUUGGAGAAGCACGAUCAGGAUCAGAGCUCUGGAGCUCCCGAGGAGCCUGAUCAAAACCCUGAAGCUCCUGAAAACCCCGGGCAGGUUUCUAAAGCGCCUGAGAAGUUUCAUCAAGACCCAGGAGCACCUGUGAAACAUGAUCAUAAUCUUGACCUAAACUGCCCUAUUCAGCAGCCUGAUGCACCUGUUAAGCCCAAGCUCGAAGCAGCUGAACCUACUGCCGUGGCCAAUACGCCUGCUCAGCAUCCUGGUGCAGCUGAAAUGUUUAAUCAACGGUCGGAUUCUACUGACAAGUGUACCGUCGACAAGCCUACUGAUCAACCUGCCACGGCUGGUGAUCACCGCGAGCCUGUCAUGUCGCAGUCUGACGCGCCCCAUGCGUCAGCUCAGCCGCGUGAUGCAGCUGAUAAGCAUUCUCAGCCGACGGAAGGUGCUGUUGUACCAACUCAGCAUGUGAAUGCUGGGCUGACCGCUGAGCAUGCCGACAAGCCUACUACUAAACAGUGUGACGCACCCCACGUGUCCUCGCAGCCUCUUGAUGCAGCUGAUAAGCAUUCUCAGCCGACGCAAGGUGCUGUUGUACGAACUCAGCAUGUGAAUGCUGGGCUAACCGCUGAGCAUGCCGACAAGCCUACUACUAAACAGUGUGACGCACCCCACGUGUCCUCGCAGCCUCUUGAUGCAGCUGGUGAGCAGCCUCAGCAGAUGGAAGCUGAUGUUGAACCCGCGCAGCAUGUAGAUGCCGAGCAGACUGCUGAGCAUGCCGACAAGCCUACUGAGGAGUCUGUGUCAUUGCAGCAGCCUUCUGAUGCAGCUGUUGAGCAGUCUCAGCAGAUGGAUACUGAAAGUGUGCCCACUCAGCAUGUGAAUGCAGAUCAGAUUGCCGAGCAUGCCGACAAGCCGAUUGAGCAGUCUGGCGCACCGGACAAGCCCGCUGGUUCUGGCGAGGCUGCUGACACGCUUUCUGACCAGCCAGUAGCAGCUGAGCCUGCUGAGAAGCCAUUAGCAGCUGAGCAUACCACAGUGCCUGUUACCACAGCACCGGACACCACAGCACCGGAAAUUACCGCACAGGACACCACAGCACUGGACACCACUGCACCGGACACCACAGCGCCUGUUACCGCCACUCCUGUUCCAACCCCAGCGAGCACGCGGCGGAGGGGCGCGAGGAGGCGAACAGAGGCAGAAUCAGCAGGAGCAACCGCAGCUGCGUUGACAGAAGCGGAGGCAAGAGAUGGAGCAGCAGGGGGUGUGGCAGGAACAAGGGGAGCGGCAGCAACAGCGGGAGCAGUAGCAGCAGGCGAAGUGACAGCAGCAGGGGGAGCGGCAGCAGCAGGGGGAGCGGCGGCAGCCGGGGGAACGCAAGGGGACAGAUUGGUGGGUGCAGUCGAAGGGGCGAGGAGAGGGAGAGGGGGGAGGCGGGGCGCUGGGAAGGGGGAUGCGGGGAGCGACAGCGGGAUGAGCGCGGAAGGGGAGGGGGAAACGGAGGUGGAGAGUAAGGCGAAAGGGGCGGGAGGGGGAGCGGGGGGAGCGGGGGGAGUGGGGGGGGCGGGAGGUGAGGAGGGCGAAGGGGAAGGGAAGAGCUUGGUGCUAGAGAGGAUCAGUGAGUGGGAGGAGAGGAUAAUGGAGGUGGACGAGGAGGAGCAGGAGGAGGAGGAGGUGCGUCGGGCGAAAGAGAGGGCCAAGGCGAGGGCUGAGGAGAAGGCAAAGGAGAAGGGAAAGGAGAAGGGAAAGGCGAAGGCGAGAAGCCCGAAGGGUGGGCGGAGGGAAGGUGGGAGGGGUAAGCAGGGGAGGGCGAGUGAGGAGGAAGGUAGCGUGGCGGGUGGUGGAGGGGAGGAGGAGGGGCAAGGGAUCGAGGAUGGAAGGGGUGAAGGGGAGACGAGCAAGCGGAAGGGGAGUGAGGAGGGGAGGAAGGAGGGUGGGGUGGAGGAGAGGGGGGAGGGCACGGGAGCUGAGAGGGAGGGGGGACGGCGUGAGGAGGGGCAAGUGAACGUGUACGUGCGGAGGAGGAAGAGGGCAGGAGGCGUGGGGGAGGGGCAGGCAACGCCGUCAGGAAGCAACGUUGAUGCUGCUAUGUGCCACGAGACUGGCAAGGCUGUUAUUAGCCAAGAGGCGGGUUCAGGGGGAGGAGUGAAGGACGCAGAUGCAGCACAAGGUAUUCGAGCUACAAGAGCUCUGUGCGCGCUGCCAUGGCCACUGGUGCAACCUCCUCUCUUGUCCCCACCUCCACGUUCCCAUCCUCCCCCGUUCCCCUGCUCUUCCCGCUGCCCCCCAUCUGUGUCCCGCAGGUAUUCGAGCUACAAAAACUCUGUGCGUGCUGCCAUGGCCAUGGCUGCCCAUCUGCGCCAAACGGCUAGAUCCAAGGUUGCCCGCGCUAAAGCUCUGGCGGAAGCUCGAAGCAGAACCCGGGCAGGUAAACUUCCUGCAGCUGAGGAAGCUGGGGGGUCGGGCAGGAAGAAGCGAUCACCUAGCAAGCAGAGUAAAGGAAUGGAAGCGUGGACAGUGUCCGAGGAGGGAGGGGUUGGAGAGGGGAGACGAGGCUGGGAUAUAGUGAUGGAUGAGGGAGAAGAGAAGGGGAAGAGGGCGGGUGUGGAAAUGGGAAAGAAGAGUCAGGCGGAAGGAAGGAAGCAGAAGGAAGAGUUUUCUGACGAGGAGGGGGAGGAGGAAGCAGAGGUGCAGUGGGAAGAAGGGCCGGAGUGGGAGGAGAGGGGAGGGGAUGAGGAACGUGAGGAGGGAGAGGAGGAGGAACGUGAAGAGGGAGAGGAGGAACGUGAGGAGGGAGAGGAGAGUGAGGAAGAGGGAAUCCCUUUGACGCGCAGUGUGCAGCGGGAGGCAUCAUUCAAAUCGUGGGUGAAAGCAGACUCGAGGUCGUCUGGUGGUAUUGUAAAGGCAGACUCAAAGUCGUCUGGGGGUGCUGCUGCUUCCAGUGGAGAGGGGUUGAAAGGAAAUGCGCAGGGAGUUGAGUGUGCAGGACGGGGGGAUGAAGAGGAGGGGGAGGUGGAUCUGAGGCAGGUAAAUCUGGCUGGUGCUCUAGACCGGGCGUGGGAGCAGGAGGAGGGGGAGAAAGAGGAGGGGGAGGAGAUGGCAAGGGAGGAGAGGAGGAAGAAGAGAGGGCGCGGGGGAGAUGAAGGGGAGGAGGGGAGAAGGGAAGAAGCACGGGAAGAUGGAGGGGAGGAGAGGGGAGAGAGCGAUAGUGGGAGUAGUUCUGAGGGAGGUGGGAGUGUGGCGGGCACGAGAGGAUCGUCGGAUUCACCUGGAUCGGACGGUGGAGAGGGGUUUAGCUUUGAUGACGUGGUGGCACGGGCUGGGAUCCUAGAGGAUGGAGAGAUGAAGUGUUUGGGUAUGGGGGCACGGGUGGAGGGAGAGAGUGGUGAGGCGAGAAUGCGUGAGAAAGAUGGUGGUGGUGGGGUGAUUGGAGGUCUAGAGGUGGGGAUUAAGGGGGCUGCUGGUGGUGGGUUGGGAGAAGGAGGGGAGGAGAGGGGUGUGGACAUGGAGAGGGGUGAGGAGAGGGAGGAAGGUGAGGUGGAUGAGGGAAGCUUGGAGGUCGAGGAAGGGCAGGAGAGGGAAGAGGGAGAGGAGGGAGAAGUGGAGGAUGCAGUUGCGACCGUCGCCGCGGUGCCGCUGCGGGACUUUCGCGGCAGCAGGCGAAUUGGGGUUACAACCCGUGCGAGUGAGGUUGAGAUUCUCGCUCCGGCGGGUGAUGGUUCCGGUAAUGCCACCAGCAACACGCCUCUUCCCAUGGCGGGGAUUUUUGGCGACCUUCAGAGCCCAGCGGCAUCCAGCUAUUCCAUGUUCGUGCAAGCCAUGGCGUCCCUUCAGCCGCCCAUGGACUAUGUCGGUUUUUUAAACGGGGCCGUGGGUAUGGCCAAUGGCAUCACCAUCCUCGCACCCUCCAACGCUGCUUUCCAGGUCCUCGGCCCAUACACCUCAUGCCUCGCCAAUUACUCACGUUCCGGGCCCAUGCUGGCCACUCUCCUCAACCACCACAUUCUCUAUGGCAACUUCCCGGAAUCUGCUCUCUUUGACGGGCGGCAUUAUUUCACCCUUGCUAACACCAAUGUGCUAGUCACCCGGGUGGCAACGGGGGUGACUGUGGAGGGCGCGAGGGUGGUUGAGCCGAAUAAAUUCGCAGGGUAUAACGGCGUCGUGCAUGGAAUAGACCGGGUUUUGUUUCCGCCUGGGAUAACCCCCUCAGUGAGUGUGGUGUGGUUUGUGGUGCGUUAA